ACCACGUGACUGGUUUAGUUGGAAGUGGGAGUGUAAAGAUGGUUGCUACUGUAAUCAAGACAAAUCUGGGUGGAUUCAGAAGUUUGUGGUUUUUAUGUCCAAUGUUUCAUCUGAAAAACAUCCGUGAAUCAACAUGUUUGUUUAUUACCGUUUGUAUUUUGACGAGCCAGUCGUUGGCAGACGAACAGGACUUUAUAGAAGACUUUUUGAAGCGGGAAUAUUCUCUGGUGAAGCCAUACCGUGGGUUGGGUCUCUCUGGUUCUUCACAGUGGUAUCUGAUGGGCACUGCCAUGGUGACACCUGAUUACGUGAGGCUGACCCCAGACCUGCAGAGCAGACAGGGGGCAGUGUGGAGUCGAAUUCCACUCUCCGUGCAGCAUUGGGAGCUUCAGGUUCACUUUAAAAUCCACGGCCAGGGAAAGAAGAAUUUGAAUGGGGACGGCAUGGCUAUCUGGUUAACCAAAGAUCGCAUGCAGAAUGGUCCUGUGUUUGGCAACAUGAACCAGUUCACUGGACUUGGAAUAUUCGUGGACACGUACCCCAAUGCUGAUAAGAACCUUGAUAAGACACAGUCUGGAACUCAGAGGCUAUUCCCGUUUGUGUCGGUGAUGCUGGGGAACGGGACUCUGUCCUACGACCACGAUUACGAUGGGCGCACCACUGAGCUCGGAGGAUGCGCGGCCAUGACGCGCAACGCAGUCUACGACACGCUUCUCCUCGUCAGAUACUCCAAAAACAGACUCACGCUCAUGGUGGACGUAGAUGGCAAGCAGGAAUGGAAAGACUGCGCUGACGUCACAGGACUGCGGCUCCCUUCAGGAUACUUCUUCGGCGCCUCCUCGGCCACCGGAGACCUGUCAGAUAACCAUGACCUCAUCUCCAUGAAGCUGUACCAGCUGACCGUAGAGAGGACUCCUGAGGAGGAGGAGGAGGAAGAGGAGGAGGUCACCAUCCCCAGAGUUGACAACAUGGAGCAGUUCCAAGUGGAAGUCCAGGAGGAAGAGAUGAGCGGAGUGCAGUUCUUCUUCACCCUCCUCUUCUCCGUCCUGGGCCUGGGUGUGCUGGCCGUGGUGGGGCUGAGCGUUUACGGCCGCUGGAAGGAAAACAAACGCAAACGUUUCUAUUGACGAGAGUGCGACCCGAUCGCGUGUAGAUGAUUUUUUUUUUUUUAGAAUGUGUUGUUUCCUAAUCAACAUACGUCAAAGCAAUGCAAAGACUGCUGUGGCUUUACUGAACCAUACAAUCGAACAAACAACCUUAUGGGUCUGAAGCCCAGAGCCAUAAGAACAUAAUCAGGCGAGAUGAAUAGGUGAGCCAGAUGUGAAACGUUCGUGUGUGUGUGUGUGUGUGUGUGUGUGUGUGUUUGUGUUUGUUUGUUUAAUGGAAGGUAGAUGAGCUAAACCUGAUUUAAUGUGAUUUCUUAUGUUCAAAUGCGCUUAUCAACUGAAAGCAGUGGGUCUGAACUAACUGAGACACUGUAGAUAUCCAAUAUUCACCAACAGGAAGAGACUGACUAAAAGCCUCUGAGUCUAUUCAAAAAGAUCCCAGAUGCUCUGUGUAGUUUACUGACGUCACGUCAUGGAUGUUGUGGUACUGCUGCGUAACGUGUGGUUACCUUUUACUGCCACUCGGUGCCGCCAUUGUGCAGCUUUAUUUCUCUGUGAAGCUGUGAAGACCAAUCAACCUGUGGCUCGUCGAAGACUUCUUGCUGUAUUGGAAAAAAAAGUUGCGCUGUAUUUGAGAGCAUCUUAUAAGCCAGGUAAACAUUUCCAUCAGCUAAGAUGGAUUCCUGUCAGCCGGUUUGUAAUGCACGGCUAAAGAAACGCGGUGCUCUAUGCUGUAACCAAUAAAGACGAGCUCUCACUGCGUUCCAGUUCUGCAGACUCGAGCUCCUCUUUUAUUUCCUGUUUGGCGUCACUAGUUGUUUGGUUUAUUUACUUCCUGGAGUAGCUCACAGCUCUCAGUUGUGAUACGUUGUUGCCUCUUAGCAGUAGUUUUUUUGUUAUGUUAACAAAAUCCAAACUUUUUCUGUGCCACUGAAUUUUAACCAGACCUGUUGAUAGAAAACAUCUUAUUUCAUUAAUGAAUUCAUCUGUGGUCAUGUGACCUUAGCCUUUAGCCCUAGCAUGCACUGUUGUACAAUAGCCAUAAGCAUUGUGCAGUCAAGCUGGCACUGAGUGUUAGAGCCCUCCAUCUGUGUAGAAUCAACAGAGAGGAGUCUGCUCUGUGCCGACAGGCCCCACCUCAUAACAUCUCGGUUACAUAUUGGUUCAAUAUGCCAACAUUACCCACAAUGCAACUUGGAUGCAGCCGAUGGCUAAUGUAGCCCGGAGCCUCUAGCGGUGUGUUUUCUGAUGACGGGCCUCUCUGAUGUGAGAUUUCUUUUUCUUUUUUUUUUAACAAAAACUCAUUAAUUAUUUCAUUAACUAAUGUUAUUAGUGGGUAGGCCAUUGCCCCAAAAGAGCGCUCCACUUUUACUUUCAGUAAAGUCCAACACAAUCACAGCUCUGCUGUAGUGAAAUAUUUGUAUGAGUGUUAACCACUGGGGAGAUUUUGUCUUACUGUUGCAGAUCUCAUUUUAUGGACAUAGUUGGAGUCGAGACGCUGUGGUCCUCCUGAAAGGUUUACUGGUGUUUCUCUUUUCCUGUAAUUGUCUCUUCUCUUUACUGUAUGUCAAGCUCCUUGUUGUAAUCGAUCAUUUCACCAUCAUGUGAGUUCAUUAUUUAAAUACUAAGUCAGUUAAAAUGUUCUGAUCGAAACCCCUUUUGUGAAAAAGUAGAAGUGAAGAGCUUACGUUGUGAUCAUUCUUUGUUUCUUUUCCUCUUUUCAGUAAAACAUUCUAAUUUGGUU